AUGGGCCUCCCCACCUCCCUCUCGUUCCUGCGUACAGGCACCGGCGACCAGACGCUGGAUGUAUACCUCGAGCCCCUCUGCCCGUUCUCGUACAAAAUGGCCAAGUCGCUCGAGGCGAAUGUCCUCCCCCAUGUGCGGGAGGGCGGCAAGUACCAUGGCAAGCUGCAGCUCGUGGUGCGCAUUUAUGCGCAGCCUUUCCACUACUUCUCCGCAUUCCCCUGCGAAGCCAUCCUCGUCUUCUGCAACCAACACCCCGACCUCUUCUGGGAGUACCUCAUGGCCGCCUUCGCCAUCCAAGACGCCUGGUUCAACAAAGAGGUCAAAGACAAGACCCCGCUGCAGUGCCAGCAAGCGUACGUCGACGUGGCCCUCGACAUCCUCGACAAGCACGGCCGCCUGCCCGCCGGGCCGCGCUCCAAGGCCGCCGGCGAGUGGAUCGACAAGCUCCAGGUCCACGACAAGGCGAAUGGCGGGAGCUCCAUGUUCAUGGACCUCAAGUAUCUCGCGCGCGAGGGGCGCCAGAACGGCAUCCACUUCACGCCGACUGUGCUCCUCAACGGCCUCGAGGACGGCACUGUGUCGUCGUCGUUCGGCAAGGACGACUGGGACAAGUACCUUGCGUAA